AUGGCGUGUCACCUGGACGGGCGAAGCCUGGACGCACGGUUCCUGGCGCACUUUUCACGACAGCAGGCGAGUACCGUAUUCACCUACUUCAACGUUGAUGCCUGCGUCGAGGAGGAGGUCCGCCCCGGUAUCAUGCUCUCCAAAGCGGGGCCUCUGAAUGUGUGGGUGAACAACGUCGUGACCGUGCUGCAGGCUGCUGGAAAAGCCAUGCUAAGUGCAGACCACCCGAGCCUGGGCGCGUGGCUCCUCACCCUGGUGGACACAGCCGCCCGAGACUCCCCAGGCGAGCCAAUGCAGGCCGGGGCGCUGGUGGGCGAGCUGGCGCGUGCCGUGCCCGGUUUCAGGGACGAAUGGGCCGGGCUCGCGGAGGGCAGCGUGUGCUCUGCCCGCUUCCAGCGCAAGGCGCAGGCGCUGGUCGCCGCGCUGGCCGCGCGUUUCGGCGCCGGCGACCCGCGCGUCGCCUUCCGCGGCUCCGACGGCCUGGCCUUGGACUCCGGCCCCGACACCAUCGCGGCGCUGCUGGCCGCCGGAGUCCUGCGCACCGGCGCCCCCCUGGCUGACGCCCUGAAGGAGCGCAGGGACCUUGGCGGCAGCCGCGAUGGCCCAUUGCCCAGCGCCGCCCGCGUCCUGGCCAAGGUUCUGCGGGAGCAGGGGGCCGCGGAGGAAGGCGGCCGCCUGAUCGCCGCCGAGUCGGUUGCGUACUGA